AUCUUCCACCUCGUGUCUAGCUGAGUACCUUGGUUUCUCUUCAUACCCACCUGCAUUCCUAAGCCGAGAAGCAAGAAACGAGAAUUUCUCGAUUGGCGCCAACUUUGCAUCAGCUUCUUCAGGAUACUAUGAUGCCACAUCUGUUCCAUUUGGCGCGAUCUCCUUAACACGACAGCUGAGCUAUUACAGGGCAUAUCAAAACAGAGUAACGAGCAUGAUCGGGAGGGAGAACGCACACAGGCUAUUCUCUAAAGGAAUCCACAUUUUGAGUGCGGGAUCUAGCGACUUUCUUCAGAACUAUUACAUCAAUCCUCUACUCAACAUCCUAAAUACACCUGAUCAGUUCUCUGACAUUCUCAUGAGAUCCUACUCAGAAUUCAUCCAGAAUCUGUAUGAACUAGGAGCAAGGAGAAUUGGAGUGAUAUCGUUACCGCCGAUGGGUUGCCUGCCUGCAGCUAUCACUCUUUUCGGUGCAGGAAACAAAAGUUGUGUCGAGAGACUGAACAACGAUGCUGUCAUGUUUAACACCAAACUUGAGACCACAACCCAAUUAUUGAUGAAUAGACACUCAGGCCUCAAGCUCGUUGCCUUUGAUGUCUACCAACCUUUCCUGGACAUCAUCACCAACCCAAUUGACAAUGGAUUCUUUGAAACAAAAAGGGCAUGCUGCGGAACAGGAACAAUAGAAACAUCGUUCCUAUGCAAUUCUCUAUCCCCCGGAACGUGUGUAAAUGCCACAGGAUAUGUGUUUUGGGAUGGAUUCCACCCCACAGAGGCUGUAAACGAGCUGUUGGCUGGUCAACUACUGGGUCAAGGGAUUUCUCUAAUCUCUUGAAUUGAGUUUCAUCUCAGUUGGAUUGAAUUCAAACUGUAUACCUACAAAUAGCUACCAAAGUGUCUCUCUCUCUCUUCUCUCUUUUUCUCUUUCCUUCUUUAUAUAUAUAACUCAUAAAUAAGAGACAGAUUGUGUGUGUGUGUGUGUGACCGAAUGUAGAAACUACCAAUCUGGUCUGUGUGAUGGGUCUAUAGGUCCAAGCUUUGUUUGAGAAUAUCACAAUCUUUGAUAUU